AUGAGCGUGGAUGAAUUGAUAAGAGAAGCUGAACAACUGUUUAGUCAAAAUCGACAUGAAGAGGCUGUGACGACGCUCACUAGAGCGUCGCAACAAAAUCCAUCUGAAGAAGAGAAAAAUGCCAUCGAGAACCUUAUUCAAAGAAUUUCUCAAUAUGUAGUGGACAACGGUCAUGAGGGUUCUGAAAGGGGCAUUGGUGAUUCGCUUUUGGGUACUCUUAUGAAUAACGGUAGCUCAGGCAACUCGGGCAUGCAAAUGGGGAAAUUGGCCCUCUUAACGACAAUCUUGGUUUCUUCCAAGAAUUCAGGGUCAGGAUUUAAUUUGGGGUCUGUUGCAUCACUGCUGAGUGGUUCGGGGUCGCACAACAAUAAUUACAAUGGUAAUAACUCAAUGGCAGGGAACUUUGCUCAGAAUAAUAAUCAGGGGUAUGACAGCCAGGGUUAUAACAAUCAGGGCCACAGCAAUCAGGGCUACAGCAAUAACUACAAUGGUAACAGUUCAAUGGGAGGUUCCAAUGGUUCCACUGGCUCUACAUUGGCGUCUUUAGCGUCUCAGAUGCUAGGUGGCUCCAAACCGCCCAAUAAUAACAGUGGGAGCAUGACCGGAAACAAUCAAGGUAGUUCUUUGAGUGGAUUGACUUCUUUGGCUUCUUCUUUCUUCGGGAAAAACAACUCUGGCAACAAUGGCGGCUACGACGCUAAUCAAAAUCAAUACGGCGACAAUCAGUACGGUAACAUUCAUUACGGUGGUAACAACCAAUCCGGGGGAUCCACUCAGAACGGUGGUAACAACCAAUACGUUAACAACCUUCACGGUAACAACCAAUAUGGUGGAAACAGCCAAUACGGCGGGAACAACAAUUAUUUCCAUGGUAAUAACCCAAACCCCGGUAGCAGCAACUACAAUAAUAACUUUAAUCAAAAUCAGUCUGCCUAUUCAGGUCAUGGGAAUGUCUCCAAUCCCGAUUUUGGACCUGAUAAUGGAUACCAGAAUAGUAAUAAUAACCAAAUGAAUUACAAUUCAAAUUCGCAACAGCAAAACCAGGGCAAUGGGUUCAAUUUUUCGGGCAAUUUCGUUCCUUCUUCAAAUCAACAGAAGCCGGGCUCUAACUACGACAAUUACGAUCAGCAAAACAAUGGCAGACGCUAUUAA